AUGGUAAUAACUGGAGAAGCAGCUAGUGGUGUUACAGAAUGGGAAAUAUGCCUUGAGGAAGUUGCAACUUUUAAGGUGCUAAACCAACUGAGACAAGCUUUUCCUUAUAUAUGCGUUUUCUGUAGCCCAGAAGAUCCAAGAAAACUUUGGGACCAACUUAAAAAUGAUGUUAUCAAAAACCCUACUUGUAGUCAUGACUUAGUCACUUCCAAGAAUCUAGGCUUGAUUGAUGUUGAAAACAUGAUGAUGCAACAUGCCUGCAAAACAAAUCCAAUAAAGUCAGAGACAGUUGAUGCACGUCAUUAUUGUGAAGGCUUGUGCCGUACUCCAUGCAGAAAGGCUACCUAUGAAGUUUCUCAUUAUAAAGAACCACUUAUAAUUCCAGAUACAAGUGAUGAAAAAGUAAAAAUUCAGUUAUACCAGUCAUUUUUAAAGAAACCAGUCUCUAUGGAAUCUGUAAGGAUGUGGAGCUGUUCAGUUACAUUGGUGGAUAUCUUGGAAUUUGGCUUGGUAUCUCACUGGCAAAUGUACUGGAUGUGAUCAUUGACUAUGGCAUUAACGUUAAAAACUGGUUUGUAAAUCUAAAGGGACAAUCAGCAAAUGCUAUAGUAGCAAUUCAAUAAGCUGUGGCUACUAUUGAUAUGAUGGAAAAAUAACAUACUUGAAGGCAAGAUGUAUUGGAUACUAUAUCAGUUACUAUAUUAGUCUCUUCUAGAAUGUUAUCUUUUAUGCACACAGAACUGCAGAUUUGUUGUUAUUUUGUGUAAAGAGAAUAUUUUAAAUCAUAUAUUGAUCCAAAUGCAGUAUUAUUAUUAUAUGAAGUGCAUCAUAUGUUAGCCUCCUGAUUUAGUGUCAACUUGAUGACAGUUAGAUUGUCAAG